CCUCUAUUGGCAAUUGUUACAUACUAGAUUCAAUUCUAAGUUUGUACGUAGUUUUCUUAUCUAGUAAAUAUAUUCAAUGGCCUUUACACAAAGUAAAAUAAUUAUAAAAGAUCUAAAUGUUUGAUCACUUUUGUGAAAGACAAAAGAAAAAAAGUCAUGGUAAAUGUUACAAAAGGAAUUUUAGUUGAAUGUGAUGCAGCUAUGAAGCAAUUUCUUUUACAUUUAGACGAGACAUUUGCUUUAGGACGAAAGUUUAUUAUUCAAGAUCUGGAUGAGAGACAUUUAUUUAUUUCUGCUGAUAUUUUGGAUAUCUUACAAUCAAAAGUGGAUGAUCUUAUGGAUCAAAUAUCAUUUCCCUUAGCAGAGAAAGGGAUAUAAAGACAAAGAAUAUCUUAUUUGUAAUUUAUUACAAUAUAAUUUAAAAGAUUGUAAUUUAUUGUAAAUUAAUCAAAUAUGGCUGCACGAGAAUCUGGUAGAAUAAAAGAUGCAUAUCAAAAGAGAGUGCUUGAUGAAGCUACUCGUAAACGCAGACAAAAAAAAGCAUUGGAGGCUUUGGAACAAGAUAAUUUUCACGAUGAUCCUCAUGCUGAUUUAGUCAUGAGCAAGAAAGUUCCAAAAUUUCAAGAGACUUUAGAUAACAGAGGUGGCAGAAGAAAAAAGACCAGAUCGGCAGAAUAUUAUAAACAAAGAUUUCGCAAAACGUUUGCUCAGUUAGUAGAGGAAGAUCUCAAUAUUAAUCCAAAUCCACCUAAUUAUGCAUCCGCUCAAGCUCUGCCAUCUAAGUUCCCUGAACGACAGUUUUGCGCAGUUUGUGGUUUCCCUAGUAAUUAUACGUGCAUUCCCUGUGGAGCUAGGUACUGCAGCAUGAAGUGUUUAGGUACCCACCUUGACACAAGAUGUUUAAAAUGGACAGCUUAAACUAUGUCAUAAUAUUUAUGGUUCAAUUUUAUAUAUAAAACAUUCUUUUUUUUCUACUAUAAGCGUAAUAAGACUAAUGUAUAAAAGAAAACAAUAUUCAAUAAAAUUGUAUACUUUUCUAUUGA